AUGCCCGAUAGGCAGAUCGUCCAGAUCGAGAAGAGCGUCACUCACCUACUCGUCGCGACAAAACAACUCCUUGAGACACUCACGCAAUGGUCCCGGCGACAGGCCACAGAAACUGACGUCUCGGACGUCUACGUGCGCUUGGGCUAUGAGUUCAACCUUGCUUGUCGUGCCUUCAACGCAAUUAAUGUCGAAACCUCGGAUUUGGGUCCCGUCCCUGACAUUCUACGCUCCAUCCUCGAAGAUACCUUAAGUCAAGAUGCUUCCGCCCAGAGCCUCGAUCGUUACCUUCCUCAGAUUCGCGACAUCAUCAUCAAACUUCUCGGUGGUCUAAAACAGAAGCAGGCCCGUCUACGAUCGCGACAGCAUGCGGGAACACUGGGUACUGCUACCCCCAAAGCAGAAGCUUCCUACAAGCAUGUCGUUGGAAGACACGCCAGCGCUGGAAGCGUUACCAGCGCCCAAUCUAUUGGACAGCUUUAUGAUGAAGCGGCAGCAUCGGCAUUGCCUCCGUCGUCCGUCUCAUCGCCACAACGUUCAGCAGCGCGUCGUUAUGACAGUAGUGGAUCAUUGGAAGGCGGCACAUCCGUUACCUCGGCUGGUUCUCCCUUCAAGCGUGGCUCGGCUGAAUCUGCCGAAGCUCCAAUCUCCAGUUCAGCGGAUCGGGAGGCAUCGCGACAGGAAGCUCAACAGAUGCUCACGGCACAACAGAUGCUCAUGCGACCUUCAAGAGACGGCGGUCCAGCAUCCCAUACGGCCCCGCCCUCUGCCCCUCCAGCUUUCCCUGCCCCACCACCUCCUCCCAAGGAAGACGAUGCGCUAGGAGCUUUGCAGCGAAGUGGAGAAUUGGAACGGCGUGCCUCACGACGUUUCUCUGCAUAUCAGAUCCAGAAGCAUCUGGGUUCUUCUUCAAAUGGUGUUCCGGUACUCCCUACCCAAAAUUCUCCCAUCCCCAAUCGCGGCCGUGACGUCCGCGAGUCUCUAAACGCUGUCCGUCUGCGUGGAUCGUAUGCGCAUCAACGACAGCGAUCAAACCGUUUGCAGGAAGGGAACAAGGAUGGCCAGGCCCAGGUAACAGCAAAAGCUCCUCAUCGGCUUCAAGAACAGAAUCAAAGCCGCCCAGAGAAAGCAGAUACUACGGAAUCAGACCACGAUGAGACGCCCAAGCCCCCUGUAGAUCAAUCCGCUGUUGUGCAACAGGAGUCCGUGGAGGAUCCAGCGGCUUCCACGCCAUCAACUGGUUUUCCACAACCACCAAAGGCCCUUGACGACGCCUUUAAUCCCGACCUCAACCUUUCACCUGUUACCUCUGUCCCCCCUCAGACACCGAUUUCGAGUCACCUUGGCCCAUCGGACAUCGCGACUCCUCCUGAUCAGCCUUCGCCUGGAAAAGAACUGACAUUGUUUUUGCAAUACAAAACGAAAAUCAAAAAGUAUGUCAUUUCCGAGGGCAUCGUCGGUCUCACCAUUGGUAGGCUCCAAUUGGCAUUCAUAGAAAAGUUUGCUUGGAACACUCACAACGACGGCGUCGAUCUACCUGAAAUUUACAUUCAAGAUCCAAUUUCCGGAAUUCGACACGAGCUCGAGGACUUGAGCGACGUGAAGGACCGAUCAGUGCUUGUCUUGAAUGUCGAUACUCUCGACGAAGUCAAAAAGCACUUUGAUGAUAGCUUUGGAGGUGUGCGCCUCGUAGUCGAUGAUGUGAAGGAGGCUCUCGCAGACCAGGGAAUCGCCAUUCAGCGUGUAUCGGACCGACAACUUGAAGCCUCCAAGGAGAUCGCUCGCUUGGCUUCCUCUACACCAUCAUCUAUUGCGGGUUCAUCCAGCGCAGGAAGCAGCACUUCUAAAGCGACGAUAUUAGGGAGCGGUAGUCAGAUCGCGGAGCUCCAAAGCCUACGCCGUGAUCUUGCCGUACUGCGUCAAACCUAUUCCAACUUCACCACCGACAUCGCCAGUUCAAUGUCGUCUGUCCGAACCAAGGCCAACCUAGUGAAGGCCGCUGCGGAAACUGCUGCUGACCGAACAUAUGAAGGUGAUGCCGGUCGACAACGCGUUCAAACCGGCAAGAAAGAGCUUGCAGAUGAAUCGGAGCGUCUUGUGGCUCGUGUUGACGAUCUUCAGGAUCUGGUUGAGGAUUUGCGGAAGGAUGUGGUUUUGCGAGGCGUUCGACCUUUGCCGAGACAGUUGGAGGGUGUUGGUCGUGACAUCAGCAACGUCACGAAAGAGAUCAAGAAGAUGCAGGAUUUCCUUGGUCGCGAGAAGCCCGUCUGGACCAAGAUCUGGGAGAAAGAACUCCAGUUGGUCUGUGAAGAGCGAGACCAACUCACUAUGCAAGAGGAUCUGGCUGCCGAUCUGCAAGACGAUCUGGAAAAGGCCGCCCAGACUUUCGCACUGGUUGAGCAGGCCACCAAGGAGCAAGCCAUCGAGAAGGCUAACGGGGGUGUCUCGCUGCGGGCUACUUCUCGAACUCUCGGAAUCGACCCUACCGUGGACCCCAUGAAGGCCAAGGAUGGCGUUCUGGGCGAAGUCCGCGCCUUGCAGCCGAACCAUGAAAGCCGAGUUGAGGCUAUCGAAAGGUCAGAAAAGGCCCGUGCGAAGGAACUCGAAACCCGUCGCAACAACAUGUUCCAGAAAGAACUCGGUGCGUUUGUCCAAGAGGGCAGACUGAAGAAGAGCGGUGGCGUGGAAGAAGCCGAGCGACUUCGCACGGCCAAAGACGAUCGCAUUCGCAAGGAGGUCUGGGAAAGACAACAGGCCCGCAAUGCAGAGAUGGAGCAGGCCGAGGCUGAAGCCACAGCGGCUGCUGCUGCUGAAACCGAGCCACAGCCCGAGGGCGAAGAUGAAGAUGGCGCUACAGAGGCGAGCCCAGAUGCUAACAAGGAUGAAGAGUCGCCGAGCGAGGACACUCCUCCUGAUACUGUUACCACCACUCCUGCUGAAGCCAAAGAAGAAGAGAACGAGGAAAAGGACACUGAGGAAUCUGUUUCCGAGGUGGUGGAGAACGAGUCGUAA